UGAAAGAAAGGAAUUGGUCUUCAACACGUGGUACUCAUUCAACUUUCGACAACAAAGGAGCAAGGGAAGUGGCAAUUUCGCUGGAAUUUUCCGCACGAAGAUCCCGCAACCAUGUCCUCGAUCACGACGGCGAUUCCCACCGACCCCAUACCGGAGUGGUGCAUAGGGCCGCUGCAAUACUACGACGGCGACAAGUACCAGUGCGCGAACUCGACGAAGGGGACCGAGGAAUCCGACUUCCAGACCUUCUGCUGCGAUGGCGAGAUCAUCAACUCCGUCCACGACAUCUGGAAGCCGGCCUUCUAUUCGGCGACGAACCACUCGCUGAGCCUAUCCGACAUGAUCUGCUGCGGGCUCAGCGGGCCGCAGGCCGGAGGCAUCCUGCCUCUGCCCUCGGCGUACACCGAGUGCAACGGGGGCUCGCCGACGCCGCUGGCGAGCCUGGCGAACACGAACACGGAGAACGCGCAGCUGUUCCGGGUCACGUACACGAGCGCGAGCUUCGGUGACAACACGGUGGGCGACUUCAUACCCACGAACACGCCGAACUGCUUCUGGGCGUACACGUCCGGUGCCGCCACGGCGGAGAUCACGCUGCCGACGCCGGACAUCACGACCCUGGCGCCUGAAUCUACGAACGCGUUUGGAGAGCCUAUCACGACGACGAGACAUACUUCGAAGUCGAGCGCGUCGGAGGCUGGGAGCUCGAGCUCGGGACCGAUCACGGCGGCACCAAGUUCUACGCCGAGUGCUACGGUGUUGUCAGGGACGGCGUCGCAGAGCAGUAGCGAGUCUUCAGCCUCUGCCAUACCGACAACAUCGGAUGCUGGCUCGGUUUAUACUGGCGUACAAAGGGGUUACCUAUACGUUGGUCUGGGUCUCGCGACCAUGAGCCUUCUCUGCAGUUAACCCUACGUCGAGACUGGGUAGACGAAAUAAAGGCGUUUAAAAGAUAAAAGAAAAUUGUAUAAACGGGCUAUAAAAUGAUAAUAAAUAAUAGCAUAUAGAUACCAUCAAUAUCUUGCGAAAGAUAUAUACUACGCCACGGGAAAAUGGCUACCCUACAAUUCUAAAGUCCUAUGUUUAAAUUACUCAGCUUCUCUUGGGAAUUUGUCUAUCCACGUCAAUCUUGUGAAGAGGGAGACGACGACAGGUCCCUUUCAUGACUAAGGAUCUUCAGGCCUUUCUGGGAGCAAUGGAAUGCUGUUAUAGAUUCGUAUACUUACGUCUUACAAAGACUGCUGUAAACAUAGAUAGUUAAUCAUCUAAACGAGGACAACUUACCUCC